ACUCUGGAAAAAAAGAAAAAGAAAGAAAAAAAAGAGUAAAAAGUUGAUGAUGAGUUUCGAGUGAACGCCUCGGAGCAGCUCACCGAGUCGGAAUGGCGGUCUGGACCAGGGCGGACAAGAACGGGCAACUGGACCUUCUGCUCCGGGACCGCUGGAUCCGAGUGGCCGCCGAACUCACCCGGGAAACGUUGACUCUCACGGCCGAAGCGGCGGCGCCGGGGGGAAACCACUGGGACUACAGCAACUCGUCGGCGGGCCUGAGGAAUGGCUUGUCGAACGGAAACGACCCGGGAGCGAGUCCCGGGAGCCGCGGUCCGAGCUCCGGUCCGGACCAGCUCCAGAACCAGAACCAGGGGGGCAGGGGACGCAGCGGCAGCCCGGGGCGCGGGGGUGUCAGUCGGGGUCAGCACGAAGGGAACUACGGUCCCAACAGCCCCGGGAAGUACCCGAAUAACGGCACGAACACUGACUUCGGAAGCCCCGGCUCCAGCUACGGGAGUCCCGGGUCCAGCUCCGGGUCCAGACAAGGCGACGCCCCCGUCAGCCUGGACGGCUCCUCGGAGGCGGUGCGGAAGGUCCGGGUCGUGAAGCAGGAGUCCGGCGGGCUGGGGAUCAGCAUCAAGGGCGGGCGCGAGAACCGGAUGCCCAUCCUCAUCUCCAAGAUCUUCCCGGGGCUCGCGGCCGACCAGAGCCGGGCUCUGCGCGUGGGCGACGCCAUCCUCUCGGUGAACGGGAACGACCUCCGGGAGGCGACGCACGACCUGGCGGUGCAGGCGCUCAAGAAGGCGGGGAAAGAAGUCACGCUGGAGGUGAAGUACAUCCGCGAGGUCUCUCCGCUCUUCAAGAAGCCGACCCUGGUGGCCGACCUGCCGUGGGACGGCGUGCGCCCGACGUCGCCCAGCUACAGCGGUAGCGAGGACUCCGGCUCGCCCAAACACUGUGGCUCCUCCCCUUCCUCCAAGGACAGGAAGGUCAUGAGCCUGAAGAUGUGCUUCAUCAGCAGGAACCUCACCAUGCCCGACCUGGAGAACAGGCUGUUGGAGCUCCACUCCCCGGACGGCCAGCACACGGUGGUGCUGCGCUGUAAGGACGGCCCCUCGGCCAGCGGCUGGUUCACCGCCGUGCACACCAACAUCGCCGCCCUGCUGCCGCACACGCUGGCUCACGUCAAUGCCUACCUGGGGGCGUCGCCCUCGGCCGCCGCGCACCCCCACCUCAAACACAUCGGCUGGCUGGCCGAACAGGUGCAGCUGGAAGGAGGCCGGCAGCAGUACAAGCCGGUCGUCAUGGCGCUGACGGAGAAGGACAUCCUGCUCUUUGAGGCGGUGCCGUGGAGCAGAGAGUCCUGGUCCACGCCUCUGCUCACACACCCGCUGCUCGCCACCAGACUGGUCCAUUCGGGCGGCGCCCGCGGUUCUCCCGCCCAGGGCUCGGACCUGGUGUUCGCCACCCGGACGGGCACGGGGCGGGGCAUCGAGGCCCACGUGUUCAGGGUGGAGACCCACUGGGACCUGUCGUCAUGGACACGAGCCCUCGUUCAGGGGGCGCAUGCUGCCGCCGAGCUCAUCAAGGAGGUCUCCAUCGGCUGCACGUUGAGCCGGCAGGACGUCCGGCUCACGCUGCACUAUGAGAAGGGCUUCACGUUGCUGAGGGAGCCGGCGGAGCCAGCAGGGGGCGCCGUGCUGUUCAGGUACCCCUACGAGAAGCUCAAGAUGUCCGCCGACGACGGGAUGCGCCACCUGUACCUGGACUUCGGGGGUCCGGAGGGGGAGAUGGUGCUGGACCUCCACUCGGGCCCGAAGCCGGUGGUGUUCGUGCUCCACUCCUUCCUGUCGGCCAAGCUCACCCGGAUGGGCCUUCUGACGGUGACCGGUGGAGCGGUGGUGGUUCCAGAGGCUCCUCCUCCUCCUCCAGGCGUCAGGACAGCGUGACACACACAACUAAAAGUACAAACAUUCAGCUCAUCCUGUGAGCCCCUGAGGAGACGUAAAGACUCUGUGACCCGGACCUUUGAGCAAACUGCUGCUGCAUGGAGGAAGCAGCGCCCACGCCUUCACCACGGCCGUGUGUGUGUGUGUGUGUGUGUGUGUGUGUGUGUGUGUGUGUGUGUGUGUGUGUGUGUGUGUGUGUGUGUGUGUGUGUGUGUGUGUGUGUGUUGUAAUCAGGAGUGCCAACGGUGCCUUUUGACAUGUAGUCCAACUCUUUGUAUCGUUUCCUCUCUCCUUCUCUCCUUCUCCUUCCCUCCUCCCGAGAGGAGACCUGUGAGCUCUGGACCUGUACGAUAGUGUUCCUCGUCUAGUGAACGCCAUGUUACUGUGUUUCUUGUGUGUGCAUGACUUCCUGCCAUUGAAUGGUGACACGUGACCUUGUGUUCCCCCCCCCUGUCGGGUCAGUCCUGUGUCUCCUGCUCUCUGAAUGUCCUCCUGCUCCGUCCUCACGGUAACUCUCUGUCUCUCUGUCUAUGCAACGCUCCAGAGCUCCAGAGACGUUUUUUAACCAAAAGUAAAAUCUGCGUCACACAAUCUUUGACCUGUCGUAUGCAAAGUGUUUAGACUUCCUUCCAAGAUCCCAACACAACGUACACCACGCUGUCAUGAUCUCACAUGUAAAUACCAAUAAAGCUGUUUCAAAUCACA